AUGAUGAAGCGUAGGUAUGAGUGGUUUGCGAGUCGAACACGCAGCGAGCACGGCUUCUCUGAGGGGCUUGUCUCGUCGAGCGUGGAGAAGACCGAAAGUGAAGAGACCACGUCGUUCCGAUUCUGUUGCUUGUCACCUGCGGCAUUCUCCUCGUCAACUCGUACAGACAGCCUUGCCAUCGUUCCACCACCAUCACAAAAACAUACCAUGGCGCUUCCAUCCACUCUCUCGGUCGCACAGGCCCACAUCGGCGAGGGUCUUCCCGUCUCGCUCAUCAACGCCGCAUCGCAGGCCCACCCCAAACCCAUCAACCAGACCUUCACCUACGGUACGGCUGGUCUGCGUACACGCGCCGAUAUCCUCGACAGCACAUGCUUCCGCGUCGGUCUUAUCGGAGCGCUGCGCUCCAAGAAGCUCAAGGGCAAGACCAUCGGCCUCAUGGUCACCGCGAGUCACAAUCCUGAGCAGGACAACGGUGUCAAGAUGGUCGAUCCGCGCGGAGAGAUGCUCGAGGCGUCCUGGGAGCCGUUCUGCACCCACAUUGCCAACGCUUCCACCGACGAAGAGCUCAUCACUUCGCUCGAGAAGCUCGUAGCUCACUUCAACAUUGACCUCGCUGCACCCGCUUCCGUCAUUGUAGGGUACGACACGCGUCCGUCCUGCAAGCAGCUCGUCCAGGCCAUCGUCGACGGUCUCUCGGCUCUCGGUGCCCACACCAUCGAUGCCGGCCUCAAAACCACUCCGCAGCUCCACUACCUCGUCAAGAGCCUCAACACACAAGGCACACCCGAGUCGUACGGCGAGCCCACAGAGCAGGGCUACUACAAGAAGCUCGCAGCCGCCUACCUCAAGCUCGUCCCCGCUAAGUCGGAUGUGCCGCCGCUCGUGGUCGACUGUGCCAAUGGUGUCGGUGCAUAUGCGCUCACCAACCUGAUCAAGUACCUUCCGGAAGACCGCAUCGCCUUCCGUCCGCUGCGCACCAGCACCACCACGCCAGGCGCGCUCAACAACAACUGCGGCGCCGACUACGUCAAGACCAACCAGUGCCUUCCCGCAGGCUUCGAAAAGGAGAACUUGCAGCCCGGAGAGCGCCUCUGCUCGUUCGACGGAGACGCAGAUCGCAUCGUCUACUACUACCUCACUGGUCCUCCCACAUCCAAGGAAUCGUUCCGCCUGUUGGAUGGCGACAAGAUCGCCUCGCUCGCCGCCGGCUACCUCUCCGAGCUCGUCCAGGCUGCCGGCAUCAAGCUCGAGCUGGGCUGCGUUCAGACCGCCUACGCCAACGGCAGCUCCACCAAGUACCUCAAACAGCGCGUCCCCGUCACCUGCACCCCGACGGGAGUCAAGCACCUCCACCACGCCGCCGAGGCCUACGACAUUGGUGUCUACUUUGAGGCCAACGGUCACGGCACCGUCCUCUUCUCCCCCUCUGCGCAGCGCAAGAUCAAGGAAGCCACGCCAUCCUCUCCCGCAGCCCAGACCGCGCUCGAGCAACUCGCCGCACUCGUCGACCUCAUCAACCAGACCGUUGGCGACGCCAUCUCGGACAUGCUGCUCGUCGAAGUCAUCCUCCGAGCACGUCAGUGGGGUCCAGCAGAGUGGGAUGGCGCGUACGAGGAUCUGCCCAACAAGAUCCUCAAGGUCAACGUCAAGGACCGCUUCGUCUUCAAGACCGAAGACGCCGAACGCAGGUUGACCAGUCCAGCCGGUCUGCAGGACAAGAUUGACGAGCUGGUGGGUAAGUACAAGGAUGCACGCAGCUUCGUCCGUCCCAGCGGAACCGAGGACUGCGUCAGAGUGUACGCCGAAUGUGCCAUCGCCAGCGAGCUGGCUCCCCUCGCCAACGGAGUCGCCAAGCUCGUCUCGGAUUACGCCUCGUUGAGUUGA